GGCGGAUUGGCGGGGCAAGUCGAUACAAAAUUCUUUCGACCACAUUUUCCACCCUCGUCCUCGAAUCAUACACAUAGCCACAGCCUGUGCAGAGUGUUUUCGAGAUUGGACCAUGAAGUUUGCCAGGUGAUCAACUUCCGGCGAUAUCCAAUUCCUCUUUGCGCCUGCACUGGGCAACUUGUUGAGCUCUCGAUCCACCGCAAUCCUCAUAUUUUCUAGCUGUCCCAGACUCACUCCUAGCAGCGCCUCUGCGCACCCUCUACACGUUGCGCCCCUAGUCGCUAUGGCUGCUAUCACCUACCGGCCGGCUACGGCGCCCAUUGCUAACACAGAGAAUGAGGGCCUGGUGUGCCUCGAGCUCAAUGACGGCUCAGCCUAUCAGGGCUACAGCUUCGGCGCCCCCAAGAGUAUCGCCGGAGAGCUCGUCUUCCAGACCGGCCUGGUUGGCUACCCCGAGAGCGUGACCGAUCCCUCGUACCGCGGCCAGAUCCUCGUCAUAACAUUCCCCUUGGUCGGCAAUUAUGGCGUACCCUCGAGAGAGACGGUCGAUGAGCUUCUCGGCGAUCUGCCUGCUCACUUCGAGUCCUCCCAAAUCCACAUCGCUGGUCUCGUGACGGCGUCCUAUGCUGGCGAAGACUUCUCGCACUUCCUCGCGACCACGUCCCUGGGCACAUGGCUCAAAGAUCAAGGGGUUCCGGCUAUAUACGGCGUCGAUACGCGCGCCCUGACGAAGAGGAUCCGGCAGAAGGGAAGCAUGCUAGGCCGCAUGUUGCAACAGAAGCGAGAUCUAACUAACAGAGCCUCCAACGGCAUUGUCAACCUCGACCUUUUCAACACGCUUCCAGGCAAGGCAGGGGACUGGAAGCCUUAUUUUGAGUCAAUUGAGUGGUCCAACCCCAACGAGAAUAAUCUCGUGGCAGACGUUUCCAUCAAGUCUCCAAAACUAUACCGGCCGUCCGCAAAGACGGAUAUCAAGAAGCACCCGUCAGGCCGCCCCAUUCGUAUUCUGUGUCUCGAUGUUGGUAUGAAAUACAACCAGCUGAGGUGUUUCCUCAAGCGCGGAGUCGAGGUCCUCGUCUGCCCGUGGAAUUAUGACUUCUCCGGCGAAAAGUACGACGGUCUGUUCAUCUCCAACGGCCCCGGCGACCCGGCAGUCAUGGAUUCUACCGUGAAGCAUAUCACUGCCGCUAUCGCGGAAAACCGUACGCCAGUAUUUGGUAUCUGCUUGGGUCAUCAAUUGCUUGCCAGAGCCGCUGGCGCUGGAACCAUCAAGAUGAAGUUUGGCAACCGAGGACAUAACAUCCCUUGCACGAGCAUGGUGACUGGAAAAUGUCACAUCACUUCGCAAAAUCACGGCUAUGCUGUGGAUGCCGACACCCUUCCCUCUGGAUGGCAGGAGCUCUUCGUCAAUGCUAAUGACGGCAGUAAUGAAGGCAUAAUACACGUAGACAAGCCGCACUUUAGCGUUCAGUUCCAUCCUGAAAGCACCCCUGGCCCGCGGGAUACCGAAUUCUUGUUCGAUGUUUUCAUCAACACCGUCAUGGAGUGCGCCACCGAUAGCAGCCUGCUGACGAAGGCUGUCCAGUUUCCCGGCGGCACAACCGAGGAGAACAACAAGCUUCAUCCCCGCGUCCAUGUCAAGAAGGUUCUUGUCCUUGGAAGCGGCGGUCUCAGUAUCGGCCAAGCCGGAGAGUUUGAUUACUCUGGAAGCCAGGCCAUCAAGGCGCUAAAAGAGGAAGGCAUCUACACCGUCCUCAUCAACCCGAAUAUCGCUACGAUCCAGACGUCAAAGGGCCUGGCUGACAAGGUUUACUUCCUCCCUGUCAAUAGCCAGUUUGUCCGCAAAGUCAUCAUCUAUGAGCGCCCCGAUGCCAUAUACUGCACCUUUGGAGGCCAAACGGCCCUGCAGGUGGGAAUCCAGCUCAAGGAUGAGUUCGGGGGGCUUGGAGUCAAGGUCCUGGGAACUCCCAUCGACACUAUCAUUACGACUGAAGACCGCGAGCUUUUUGCCCGGAGCAUGGACUCGAUUGGCGAAAAGUGUGCCAAGUCAGGGUCGGCCAGCAACCUGGAGGAGGCGCUCAGAGUUGUCAAGGACAUUGGAUUCCCCGUCAUUGUUCGGGCAGCAUAUGCCCUUGGCGGACUUGGUAGUGGUUUCGCUAACAACGAGCCCGAGUUGAUCGACCUUUGCAAUAAGGCCCUAGCCGCUAGCCCUCAAGUUCUCAUUGAGCGCAGUAUGAAAGGCUGGAAGGAGAUCGAGUAUGAGGUCGUCAGAGAUGCUCAGGAUAACUGCAUCACGGUUUGCAACAUGGAAAACUUCGACCCGCUCGGGAUCCAUACUGGAGACUCGAUCGUUGUUGCUCCUUCCCAGACGCUAUCGGACGAGGACUACAACAUGCUUCGUACAACCGCUGUCAACGUCAUUCGUCAUCUCGGAGUAGUUGGCGAGUGCAACAUCCAAUAUGCGCUGAACCCAUUCUCCAGAGAGUAUUGCAUUAUCGAGGUCAACGCCAGACUCUCCAGGUCCUCAGCCCUGGCUUCCAAGGCAACCGGAUACCCAUUGGCCUUUGUUGCCGCCAAGCUAGGUCUCGGUAUCUUACUGAAGGACAUUUCGAACUCGGUCACAAAGGUUACAUGUGCCUGCUUCGAGCCGUCUUUAGAUUACGUUGUUGUCAAGAUGCCUCGCUGGGAUCUCAAGAAGUUCACGCGCGUCUCUACCCAGCUCGGAUCGUCAAUGAAGAGUAUUGGCGAGGUCAUGAGCAUAGGCAGAACCUUUGAGGAGGCCAUCCAAAAGGCUAUCCGGGCUAUCGAUUUCCAAAACCUUGGGUUCAACGAGACAAAGGCGCUCAUGUCGAUUGACGAUGAGCUGCAGACGCCCUCGGACCAGCGUCUUUUCGCUAUAGCCAACGCUAUGCAUGCUGGCUAUUCGGUAGACAGGAUCUGGGAACUGACCAAGAUCGACAAGUGGUUUCUGAACAAGCUCAAGGGUCUAAGCGACUUCAGCAAGCAGAUGAGCGACUACACCACCAGCGACAUCGCCAAUCGGCUCGACCUUCUCCGCCAGGCGAAGCAGCUUGGUUUCUGCGACCGCCAGCUGGCCAAGUUCUGGGACUCCAACGAGCUUGCAGUCCGGCGUAUGCGUCUCGAAGCCGGCAUCACCCCCUUUGUCAAGCAAAUAGAUACCGUCGCUGCCGAGUUCCCGGCCUUCACCAACUAUCUCUACCUGUCCUACAACGCCAGCGAGCACGAUGUCUCGUUCGACGACCAAGGUGUCAUGGUGCUAGGCUCUGGAGUUUACCGCAUUGGCUCCUCUGUUGAGUUCGAUUGGUGUUCCGUCAGGGCCAUCCGCACACUUCGGGCGGCCGGCCUGAAGACCGUCAUGGUCAAUUUCAACCCCGAGACGGUAUCGACCGAUUACGACGAGGCUGAUCGGCUGUAUUUCGAGAACAUUACCAUCGAGACGGUGCUGGACAUUUACCAGCUGGAGUCGGCCACCGGGGUUUUGGGCGCAAUGGGUGGCCAAACACCCAACAACAUCGCGCUGCCACUGCACCGUUCUGGUGUCAAGAUCCUUGGAACAUCGCCUGAGAUGAUCGACAAUGCCGAGAAUCGGUACAAGUUCUCUCGCAUGCUCGACAGAAUCGGCGUCGACCAGCCUACGUGGAAGGAGCUGACGAGCUUCGAGGAGGCCAAGACUUUCUGCAAGAGCGUUUCCUAUCCGGUGCUAGUCAGGCCAUCGUAUGUUCUCUCGGGAGCAGCAAUGAACACGGUCUACUCCGAGGCGGAUCUUGAGGCCUACCUGCAACAGGCUGCCGAUGUCUCUCCUGAGCAUCCGGUCGUCAUCACCAAGUAUAUCGAGAACGCCAAGGAAGUCGAGAUGGAUGCCGUGGCUCACAAUGGCAAGAUGGUGGGACACUUUAUUUCGGAGCACGUCGAAAAUGCCGGCGUCCAUUCGGGAGAUGCCACGCUUAUCCUCCCGCCUCAAGAUCUUGAGAAGACGACGAUCCAGCGCAUCGAAGAGGCUACCCGCAAGAUCGGAGAGGCGCUCAAUGUCACAGGCCCGUUUAACAUCCAGUUCAUUGCUAAGGACAACGACAUUAAGGUCAUUGAGUGCAACGUUCGAGCAUCCCGCUCGUUCCCGUUCGUCUCCAAGGUUAUGGGGGUUGAUCUUAUCGAGAUGGCCACCAAAGCCAUGAUGAGCCUUCCUUUCGAGGAGUACCCUGCCGUCGAACGUCCGGCCAACUGUGUCGGUGUCAAGGUCCCCCAGUUCAGCUUCUCGCGCUUGUCGGGAGCGGACCCCGUGCUAGGAGUUGAGAUGGCUUCGACUGGAGAGGUGGCUUCCUUUGGCUCCGAUAAAUACGAGGCCUACCUGAAAGCAUUGCUCUCGACUGGUUUCAAGAUUCCCAGGAACAACAUCUUGCUUUCUAUCGGGUCCUACAAAGACAAGAAAGAGAUGCUCCCGUCAGUGUCCAAGCUUCAGAAGCUGGGGUAUAAGCUCUUUGCCACGGCCGGAACUGCAGAUUUCCUCCAGGAGCACGACAUUCCUGUGCAGUACCUUGAGGUUCUCGAGCAAGAGGAGGACGACCAGAAAUCCGAGUACUCGCUCACGCAGCAUCUGGCCAACAAUAUGAUCGACCUCUAUAUCAACUUGCCGUCGAACAACAAGUACAGGCGGCCCGCCAACUACAUGAGCAAGGGUUACCAAACACGCCGUAUGGCGGUCGACUAUCAGAUUCCGCUGGUCACCAACGUCAAGAAUGCCAAGAUCUUGGUGGAGGCUAUCGCCAGACACUUCGAUCUCGAUAUCAGUGUCCGUGACUAUCAGACAAGCCACCGGACCAUUGUGCUCCCGGGGCUGAUCAAUGUUGCCGCGUUCGUACCGGGGCUGGUCUCGAACGGAAGCAGUGAUCUGUACAGCGUCACAAAGGCUUCUAUCGCCGCAGGUUUCAGCAUGAUCAGGGUCAUGCCUCUCGGCAAGACUGGUUCGAUCACGGACGCCAUUUCGCUCAAGGUCGCUCAGCAAAACAGCAAGCGCGGCAGUUACUGCGACUUCAAUUUCUCAGUCACUGCCACCUCCAACAAUGCCAAUCAGAUUAGCCAUGUCGCUGGCGAGGUUGGGUCGCUGUUUAUUCCGUUCAACCACUUGUCAGACAACAUUAGCAAGGUCGCCGCUGUCGAGGCUCAUUUCGACGCCUGGCCCACGCACAAGCCCAUUAUCACAGAUGCGAGGACCUCUGACCUGGCUUCAAUCCUCCUGCUUGCAAGCCUGCACAGCCGCCGGAUUCACGUCACCGCGGUCUCGACCAAGGAUGAUAUCAAGCUCAUUGCGCUCGGCAAGGAGAAGGGCCUCAAAGUCACCUGCGACGUGUCCGUCUACUCGCUGUAUCUCUCUCAGAAGGACUACCCAGGCUGCCAAUUCCUUCCUGCUAUUGAGGAUCAGGUCGCACUGUGGGAGCACUUGGAGACGAUUGAUGUCUUCUCCAUUGGAAGCCUGCCAUACCAGCUCGCCCACUUCUUGCAAAAGCCCACAGAUGCUGCCGUUGGAACUGCCGACGCACUUCCGCUCUUGUUGACUUCGGUCACAGAAGGCAAGCUCACUCUGGAAGAUAUCAAGACGCGCCUACAUGACAAGCCCAUGGAGAUAUUUGAGCUGCACGACCAGGUUGGCACGUCUCUGGAGGUCGAAAUUGACCGCCCCUAUGCUGUCCCUGCCUCUGAAUUCUGGUCGCCUUUCUCUGGAAAGGUGAUGAGAGGCGCAGUUCAGCGUGUGACAUUCCAGAGCAAGGUUGUCUGCCUUGACGGCGCCCUCUUGCCUGAUCUCCCCAAAGGCAGCGACAUGUCGACGCACGGGGCGAUGCCGCCACCAGCUGUUUUGUCGUCGCCACCAACCAAGCCGGUGCACAGUUCCAUGGCACUGUUCCCCGACGGCUUGACUGGGUCUCGUCCAGGAAUUGUGCGGCCGAAGACUACCGAUAAUACCCCUUCCGCUCUGAAUGCCUUGGCUCGUGUCCCGCACAUGGAUGACCUUGGCCCCUCCCUGAGCUUGCAGCCCAAGACCUCGCCGCUCCUAGAGCUGGUCUCGGGCCCGUCUUCCUUCAAGAACUCGCAUGUCCUGUCGGUCGCACAGUACACUCGGGCAGAUCUCCAUCUUCUCUUCACUGUGGCUCAGGAAAUGCGUCUUGGUGUACAGCGUGAUGGCGUCUUGGAUAUCCUCCGUGGGCGUGUGCUCUGCACAUUGUUCUACGAGCCAUCCACCAGGACUUCGGCAUCUUUUGACGCCGCAAUGCAGCGCCUCGGUGGCAGAACAAUCGUCAUCUCGACUGCACACUCAUCGGUACAAAAAGGCGAGACGCUACAGGAUACUCUGCGGACUCUUGCGUGCUACGGCGACGCCCUUGUCCUCAGACACCCCGACGAGAAGUCGGUUGAUGUUGCCCGGAAGUUCUGCCCGGUUCCAGUAAUCAACGGCGGCAACGGUAGCAAGGAACACCCUACACAGGCCUUCCUAGACCUCUUCACAAUCAGGGAAGAACUAGGCACUGUUCAGGGCCUGACCAUCACUUUCGUGGGCGAUCUCCUGUAUGGAAGACCGGUUCAUUCGCUGGUGUAUCUCCUCAGACACUACCAGGUCAAGGUCCAGCUCGUUUCGCCCAAAUCGCUGCGUCUCCCGGCCGCCGUCCGUAACCAGUUGGUAGAGGCAGGACAACUGGUCUGUGAGUCGGAGACCCUGACGCCAGAGAUAUUGGCCAGGAGCGACGUCUUGUACUGCACCCGGGUGCAGAAGGAGAGGUUCGAUGACCUCGGCGAGUAUGAGAGAGUUAAGGAUUCCUACCGCAUCGACAACAGCACGCUGAAGCAUGCCAAGAGCAGCAUGGUGGUGCUACACCCGUUGCCGCGGAACGAUGAGGUGGCGGAGGAGGUCGACUUUGACCAGCGCGCUGCGUAUUUCCGACAGAUGAGAUACGGCCUGUACUGUCGCAUGGCUCUUCUGGCGCUGGUCAUGUCCAGUUGAUAUACCCGCAUCUCUUUCACAUGAUCGAUCUUUGGGUUUGAAGGAAAAGUUUUUGUCCAUCUAAAGACAAGCUAGUUCUUGCAAAAUUGCCCGUAUUAAAAUGCGAGGGAGAGAGGCGCAUCGUAGAGAUUUGAUAAAUUUCCAAGAAUAUAGAAACGAACGACUACAGUAGAAAAUAUUACAGCUCGCGCUGUUGGGGUUUUCUUAGAGUGAAUGGUUUAGAUUGAAUUGCCUUUUUUUUCUCUGAUGCUGUUGAGCAUCUGUAUAUAUUCACGUAUUUUCAUCCAUGUAUAUACGUUUUUCAUUCCUUUUCGUCGUUUUCUUUCUUUCUGUUAUGUCGUGCGCUCUUUGUAUACUAGCGUGGUAUGAGAAUUCGGGUAUGUGCUUGAGCCAUGUACAUGUAUGAUUGUAUAGAUAUAUAAAACUAGCU